AUGGCGAAACCAAUAACUUCAAAACGCUGCCUCUUAUGGGACUACACCAACACCCGCGACCGCCCAGACGCAAUCGAUCAACUCUUCCCUACAACAACAUCGUCAGCCACAACCAGCAAGGCCUCCGAAUCAGCAACAACGCCCAUUCCAGUCACCCCAUUCAAAUCCGUCCACAACUGGAACGCAUGGUACCCCCCAGAACUCAAAGGCCGACUGCCCUUCCGCCCCAUGAUCCGCACGCGCGCACAGCUGGACACGGAAGAGUGGGACUGGAUCCGCGACUCGGACGCCGAGAUGGUCCACUACUUCAACGAGCCGGAACGGCAGGGGAUCUCACCGGGCGACGCCGCGGCCUGGUGGCUGGAGAAAGUCGUGCCCGAGUUGCGAGAGAAGAGGGGCAAGAAGCUUGUUGGGCCGGCCUGUGCUAGUGAUUCCGGGGGCGAGGCGUGGCUUGCGGAGUUUAUGAGAGUUGUCUACGAGGAUGAGAACAAGCAAAAGGAGAAUGACGGGGAGAAGAAGAGGAUGAGGCCGGAUUUCCUUGGGGUACAUUAUUACAGCGGUGAUGUUGAGCAUGCGAAACUGUACUUAACGUCCAUGUACGAGCGGUAUGAGCUUCCGCUCAACGUGUCGGAGAUUGCGUCUAUUAGUCGGGACCCGGGCAAGGUAGAGGCGUUUACGGAGGAGCUGAGCGGGUGGAUGGAUGAGAGGGAGUGGAUUGACGAGUAUGGGUGGUUUGGGUGUAUGGCACACUGCGCUGACGACUUUGUGAGUCCUGCGGCGCAACUUAUGGAUGGGGAGGGGAAGUUUACGCCGCUCAUGAGGCGGUUGAUGGGGCAUGAUCCGUCAUCGACGAGUUGUUGA